AGAGGCGGCAGCAGCGCAGCAUCCCGCAUCACACUGAAGGAUGCUGGCAACCAUGUCUGAAAACACACACACACAUCCACAUAUGGCCGACGACGUGGAAACAGCGAUGUAGCUUUCAAGAUGCCAUCCCUUUUCGUUCCUCGUUUUUUCUUCUUUAUAUUUUUGUGCGGUUUUAAAGGGACUGCUGGCAAAUCGAUCCCUGAAAGGGAAGCUCUCGAGGUGCAGGUGAGGGUCCAGGUGUUUGACAGCGGUGAUCUUUCACCCCUGGCCAGUGCUGCUAUUGCUGUUCAUGGUAACCAGACUCUGCUGGCACAAAGUAAAGCAGGCAGUGAUGGCGUGCAGGUCGUCAGCUUCUUGUACCGCACGGGAACAUGGGUAAUCAUUACAGCCUCUCGGAGAGAUUACCUCACCAGCUCUGUGCCAUGGCACGCCAGCCGUUUACCCUUAUAUGCCUCUGUCAGUCUUUACCUGAUGGCCCAGAAGCCCGGCACACUAAUCCUAUAUGAUGAUGUCAUCCAGGUGUUUCAUGGCUCCCCGAGUGGGCGGAGCCAGCCAUGGCUGCAGGUUCCAAGGCGGAGCCUACAGUUUAACUCCUCCUACACAGAACUGACAGCAGUUUUAACAACAGCCAGAGAGCAGAAUGAAAUUAACUCAUUCCCUUACCCACUCGCUCUGGAACCAAACAACACAGGAGGAGAGAAUGGCUGGACAGACCUAACAACAAUAGCAGCGGUCAGCGCACAACUGUUUGACCGUGAGGGUCAAGCGGUUGAGGUCAGCGAGCCAGUUCACAUCUCUGUGCCACUGCCUUCUGAUACUCGCAUACGAUCUGCCACCAGCAUACCUGUAUGGAUGUACGACACCAAGACAGGAUUAUGGAUACGAAACGGAACAGGAUUUAUCACUCGAGAAGGAUCACAGUUCAUGUGGGACUUCACUGCCUCCCAGCUUGGCUACUGGAUUGCAGCUUUCCGUUCUUCAGCAGGCUCAAGUUUGUCUCACCCAGGCCUGAGGGACAUCACUGCCUACCACACCUUCUUCCUCCUGUCCAUCUUGGGAUCUCUCGCUUUGCUUGUACUAGUCUUGCUCUGUGUCCUACUCUAUUAUUGCAGACGAAGAUGUCUGAAGCCCCGACGGCAGCAGAAACAGGUUCAAGCUCCAUCUGCUCUGAACGGAUCCAAGCGGGACCAAGGCACCUCCAUGUCCCACUUGAACCUCAUCUGUGGUGGUCAUGUUGAAUCUGCCUCCUCCAAUGGCAACUUGGACGCCAACAAAUCCGAGGGAUCCCCAUCCCAUGCCUUCAAGAGUGCUCGGGAUGAGUUUACCAGGCACAUUCCUGCCCAUAAGCUUCGCCAUUCCUCUAAGACCAAGCAGUCUAAAGGAGCCCAAAAGAAUGCAGAGAGUUUCCCCAUGAAGGUACAUCGAUCCACAGAUACGAGCAAUCUGGAUAGCAGUCUUCUACAUGAAGACUAUGGACGCAAAUAUAGCCCUGACGACAAAGAUAAUGACUAUCGACGGAGGCAUGUUGUCAAUGAUAACCGUGGCUACACAUCUGACCCUCCUUCUCCACCAAUUGUUGACAAGCCACCGGAGUAUUCGCAGGUUUUGCAAGGGCCAGAUCACCUCGCUCGCCCAACGUCGCUCAACACACAACCAGGUCAAAUUAUAUUCUGCAGCUCACUGGAUCAGAUGAAGGAGAAUAUGUACCGUUCUAUGGUACCAACUCUUGUGAUCCCAGCCCACUACAUGAGGUUUUCAUCCGAGUUUGGUGCCACAGAUCAGGGUAAAGAUGGGGCAAACCAAGCAGACCGAGAUGGACAGAGUACGCAAGGUACCAGCAGUGGGAUUCAAGGCCAAAACCAUCAAAACCAAACCCCUGGUUCAGGCCAUGCAGAAUCCCAGCAAGGUGAUUCUCCAGCAGGCUCUGACGAGAGUGUUUGGGCCCCUGGUGGAACACCAGCACCGGUUCACAUCCCUGUUUUGUUUAAUGACUCCACCAUCUCCCAGAUGAACGGGGAGCUGCAAGCACUCACGGAGAAGAAGCUUCUGGAACUGGGGGUGAAGCAACAUCCUCGUGCUUGGUUCAUAUCACUCGACGGACGCGCCAACGCUCACGUGCGUCACUCCUACAUAGAUGUAGGUACCGAUCUCAGCCACAGUGGAACACAUAGUGGCAACCACAGCGCCCAAAGCACGUUGAGUGCCCCUGCCGGGAGUAGUAAAGACCGAAACGUAGACACAAGUUUCCAAGCCACCCAACAUGAGCGCAAGUCCGCAUCCAGUCGCAAGAACAAAGAGGAACACCAUGGAAGUGGACGUAAGGGCAAUGGAGGAAGCAGCUCCAACAGUACAAGUGGUGGGAAACACUACUCCAAACCAACCUACCAUGACCCUCUGGACCUAAGUGGAGGGGUGAGCCGCAUGGGAGCCAGUUCACCACUGGAAAACCCAUUGACCCCUCUUUUGGAUGACGGUCCUGAGGAACCAAGGGGGUCUUCAAUGCCAAGAAGGGGUCGAAGCCGGGGGAACAGCUCACGUAGUAGCAACAGCGAAACACGGCGUGACUCCGUCACCAGCCCAGAAGAUGACAACGACCUGGAUGACAAGGAUGAGAACAAGAAGAGUCCCUGGCAGCGCAUUGAAGAGCGCCCCCUAAUGGUUUUUCAUCCCAAGAAAUAGAGUGAGAAAUCAAUCCCAGCAGCUGCCUUGAAAAAUUGGACUAACUAGAGAUGUGUUCAAAUUGAUAAUGACUAUGGAAGUUUUACAAACGUCACCCAGUGAUAUUUUCACGGACCGACUAUUUGUGUCAUUAUAAUUUGAUAGAUGUUACCAAAAUGAUUGUUGUGCCAUUGGAUUUUUUUUUUUUGUCUUUCUAUGAAAAUGUACUUUCAAUGAUCAAUUUGAAUGCAUCUCAGGGGUCAAAGAACAUGAAUUUGGUGGCAUUAUACCAUCUUAGUGUUCUGCACACCAAGAAUCACAUUAAAUUCAAGACUAGUUAUAGUAAAAAGAAUGCCAUUGCAGAUGGAGGAACACAAGAUACCAAACAACUGGGCGAGUGCAUUAAAAUAAAGCACAACACAACAUGCUGGUCUACAACAGGAAGACUUCAUCUUGCAGUCCACAAAGACAUUAUCUUACAGUCCUUCUAUUUCCAUACCAAUUAGACUCUUACAAACGAUUGCAUCCAAAAGUACCCGAGUACCCUUUCACUCUCAAUGGCUUGGUGAUAGACUUUUUCAAUGGAUGGCUUUCGCUAAAGCUUGAUUCUUCAAUAUAUUGGAUCAAGAACUUGAUGUUUUCCAAAACGUCUUGUAAAACUUUUAGAGUUUUCUUAUGUUCCGAUGCAGUAUAUUCCUUGAUAUCUGGUCCCAACUUGCCGUUCUUCUAUCUUCGCUACUCAUUAUUUUGAUGUCAGUUUCAAUUUCCUUCAAUCUUUCAUACUGUUUUAUAUGUUUUGUGCAGUGCUAAUCUGAAAUUUACAGUUCAGGUUUCAAACAUUCCAGAUUUCUUACUGUUUGUCCCUAAGUAGAUUAAUUAAGAUAAGAAGGCUUAAAAUUCACAUUUAUGUGAUGUUAUAGCAAUUUACACAAUGCAUUUUUCAAUUUAUUGUAUUAAAUGUUAUGCCAUACCACAUUUUCCACUCCAAUGCUGUUCUUGAAUAUAAUCUUUAUAAGUGUGAUAGGCCUAAACUUAGCACUUGUUGCAUUAAAGUGCAGAUUUGUAUAGGAAAAGCUGAUUCUGAAUCGGGGCCCCAAUCUCACUUACAAUGAAAAAGCAUUGGUUGUGAUACAGUAGAUAUGAAUGUAUGUUCACCACCAUUAGCAUUUUCAGUCCAGCUUAUCAUUUGUUCAAAAGAGAGCCAUUAGCAUUUUGUGUAUAUGUAUGAUAGCCUAUAUGUGCAUGAGAUAACUAGUAUAGGACAACAGAUUUUUUUAUGCCUACAAAUUAAAAUAGACCCUAUCAAAGCAUGAAGGUGGAUAAUAGGUACAUUUGCUACAGAUGCCUGAUGGGAAGACAUUUGCCAAAAUUUCAAAUGAAAUAUUGUAUGCCAGUUUACAGGCCAGUGCUUGGCCAAUGUAUUUCCAUCGAAACGUUUCCUGCGCUGUUAAUAUGUUAAUAUAUUGCUUUGACUGUGACAAAAUUCUGACUCAGAUCUUUUUAACAAGCCAUUCAAAUAUUAAAAGCUAAUAAUUUAUGACACUUCUUACCUGUUACUUUUCUAUUGUUUUUCCCACAAUUAAAGCAAGCACAAGACCAACAUUUUAUGAAUAAUUAAGACUGAGUACCAUAAGGAGCGUGAAGGCUGAGACACUCGAGAGCUAUUUGACGACUAUCAAACAUAAUACAAAGAGACUUUAACUAAAAUAGCUCUGCUCAUGCUGAUCUGGUGCCAAUCACAUGUAGAGCAGUGAUUAACGCUGUCUCUUCUGAUGAUUGUCAACUUGCCACAAAUGACACCACUGUUGCAACAUGUCUCAUAUGUGUGUCAUUUGUUUCGCAACCCUUCGUAACCUCCUUAUAAUAACUGACACAAAUAUAACUGGAACUGAGAUUAAGUACUGGAUUAUAUUAUACUAAGAUGGUGAUUAAGAGUGAGAUUUAACAUCUAGUGUAAACUGUAAUGGUGGAAUUCUUAAGAGGAUUUUAGUAUGUUUUAUAUUAUAUACUAGGUGCUGAAACCCUUAAUCCUUACAUACUGACCCACAGUUUCACUGAUUUUAGAUUUGCACACUGUUUUUAGCACGAGUUUCACUCAAACCUACUAGAACUGAAAUCAAAGCCAUUCUCUUCCUCUGUCUGUUUAUAUUUUGUUCACAGUCUGUGGGUACUUUUUUUUUUUACAGGAAAUCUCGAUAUGCCUUUGUCAGUGUACAUUUAUCACGUGACGUGGUGCUCUGAAACACAUUUCCCUCUGUACUAUGUAAAUAUUUUUCUCUCUGACUGAAUAUGAAUAUGACUCUGAUGAUAUUAUGAUGUUGUUUCCAUUGUGCACAACGGCUUUGCUUAAUUGUUCUAAAAUCAUGUCAGAUGGAACUUUUGCAAUUUUAUAAUUUGUUCAUAAUAUCCUAGAAAAAAUAAAUCACAUGUGAAAUAAACUGUUUCACUUC